AAUCACCCGUCGUCUUCCCUCUUCACUCCCUUUCUAUCCAUCAGCUGACUCUCCAGCGAACCCCGCCUCCACGCGCGCCUCUUCCGGCCGCCAUGCCGCUUGCCAUAUCCUUCCUCCACCUCCCUCCUAACGCCGCCCUCCUCCACCCCUUCACACUCCGCCGCACCCACCACCUCUCCCUGCGCAGCGACCCCCCGCCCCGACGCGCUGCGGUGGCGGCGGCGGCCGAAGCAGAGAACCCGCUCGCGACCGCGGACGUAGAGAUGGUCCGCGGGCGGGACGGGGUGUGGACGGCGCGGUCCCCGAAGGUGGUGGUCCUGUGGGACCUCGACAACAAGCCCCCACGCGGGCCGCCGUUCCCGGCCGCCUCAUCCCUCAUCGCCGCCGCUUCCCUCCUCGGCCGCGUCGUCUCCGUCUCCGCCUUCGCCAACCGCCACGCAUUCUCCCACAUCCCCGCCAGGGUCUUCGCCGACCGCCGCGACCGCCGCGCCCUCGACCGCGCCGAGCGCGCGGGGAUCGCCGCCCCUCCCGUGCCCUACUCAUGCGCCGUCUGCGGCCGCCGCUUCCCCACGCGCCCCGACCUUACCCGACACUUCCGCCAGCUCCACGAGCGCGAGCGCAACAAGAAGCUCGCCCGCCUCCGCUCCCUCAAGGGCAAGAAGCGUCACAAGUUCCGCGAGCGGUUCAUCUCCGGCAACACCAAGUACGAAGACGCCGCGCGGGAGCUCCUAACCCCUAAGGUCGGAUACGGGCUCGCCUCCGAGCUCCGGCGCGCAGGCGUCCACGUCCGCACCGUCCCCGACAAGCCACAGGCCGCGGACCACGCGCUCAAGCGCCAGGUGAAGCACUCCGUCGCCUGUGGCGUCGAUUGGGUGGUGCUCGUCUCUGACGACUCCGAUUUCACCGAUACAGUGCGCAAGGCGCGCGAUGCCGACCUGAAGACGGUGGUGAUUGGUGACGGGUGCCGCGCACUUGGCAAGGUUGCUGACAUUUGGUUGCCAUGGGACCGUGUCGAGAAUGGAGAGGUUGAUGAGGAGAUGCUGCGGGGUUGUAAACUUCCAGAGUUCGGGGAUGAACAGGGAGACGAGUGCGAUGAGGAGUUCAUAGUGGAAUGGGAUACAAGUGACUUGGAUGAUGUUGUUGAUGGCAUUGUUGGAGCGAGGACCAGUUUGCUUGGAGCUGUGACAAUGUCUGCAUUUGCCGAUGAGGACAUUACAGAUGGUAUAUUUGGAGUUGGGCUGAACAGGGAUGACAUGUUUUGGAGUAGCGAUGACGAGGAUGAGGAUGGUUACUUGUGAGGUUCAUGUGGGGAUUGACAGGAUGAGACGUUAUCAAAAUACCGCAACGUCAUCCAAAUCUGAAGGAGAACAACCAUUUUUCAUGCAGGCUGCAAUUUGUGGAUAACAUCAUGGUACAGAGGUAGCUGAAACUGGGGGAGCCUCGUUCGUGGUUGGACAAGCAUACAAAUCGCUUGAAGUUAGUUUACCUUUCAGUUGACUUCAGGAAUAAACAACAGUUGAAAUGGGUGCUGGUCCUAUGUUCGACUGCAAAGAAGGCAAGCGCCUAUUAUCAGUUUGUAAGUAUUGUCAGCGUGGCAUCUGCUGCGAUUCUGCAAAGGGUGACUGCUCAGCACUUGUACUAGGCAAGCUCAGCAAAAAUCUGAUGGAAACAUACUGUUGUGAUAGUAGUCGUAACACAGUGAAUAGUACGAUAACAGUUGAUGUAAUAAUUAUUUCUAUCUAUGUUAUAUUGGAUGAGUGGGGUAUUUAUAGGUA